CUCUUGGCAAAAGCAAAAAGCAUUACCAAAGUUCAUUACCAACGUUCAAACUCCUUCAAAAUAAACAAAUAAUACUCCACUAAACUGAACCAAACCCAACCAAUUAAUUUCUCAUGGCGAUCGACAUCAAGAAGGUGGAGGAGAUUAUAGAUUACAAAUUCAAGAACAAGAAGUUAUUAGAGGAGGCCCUCACUCACCCCCCGGGCAAUACUGGUUCUCCUUCUUACGAACGGCUCGAGUUCUUGGGCGACGCCGUCAUCGGCCUUGCCAUUAGCAAACAUUUCUUUUGGGAUGAACAUUAUGAUCUCAGUCCCAACGACCUAACGCGCCUACGUUCUGCUAAUGUUAACAACGAUAAACUGGCUCGUGUGGCAGCCCAUCUCGGUCUCUACCACCAUGUUCAAGGCACUAAUAUUAGCGACUCUCUUGAGCAGGCUGAGAAGUUUGAAAAAGAAAUGCGUGAAGAAAAAUGGUUGGUAUAUGGGAGAGAAAAAGGUCCUAAAUUUCUUGCUGAUAUUGUGGAGUCUAUUGCAGCUGCUAUUUAUGUUGACCUCAAUUUUGAUAUGCAAAAGCUAUAUCCGAUCUUGGAAAGACGUCUUUUGAAGCCUAUAAUUACACUUGGAUACUUGGAAAAUCAUCCACAACCAAUAAAGGAGCUAUACGAGCUGUGCCAGAAAAAAGGCAAGCAAAUAGAGAUUAAAUGUGAAAGAGAUGGAUACAAAACCACUUCAAUGCUAGUGUUUACAUUGAUGAAGAGUUCAUUGCCUCCAAGUCUUCUAAGCUAAAAAAGAAUGCAAGGAUUUAUGCAGCUGACGCAGCUUUGUCUGUGCUACGUCCGAAGCGGGAGACGCCUGUUAAUGAUGGUGGUGGAGAUUAUGAGACUGAAGGAGAAGAUGAAGAAGAGCUCCAUGAUCAGAAGAAGAAAUGGACCAAAACAAUUUACAGGUUGAUUAUAUUGGCAAUAUUAGUUGCAUUUAUAGGAAACGUGAUGAAGGAUUAGACUAGCUUAAUUAAGCUGUUGAAAUUGCAACAAUAAUUGUCAUCGAUGAGGUUGAAGGUGAUUUAUUCGGGUCACACCAUAUAUUAAUCGAGUUCCAGCUUGAUUAAGAUAUGCUAUAGUGCAAUAUGGGGUACUAACUUCAUUUAAUUUUGUACUAAUUAGUAUUGAUUUACUUUUCAAGGUUUAAUAUGUGAAUCUCAAGAUGGUUUAGAUAUAUAAGAUUAUAAAUGUUGUUUACAAUUA